AUGGUGAACACAUCGCUCAAGCGAAGACGGACCGAGGAGCAUUUGCGGGGAAAGGGGCCCAAGAAGGAAAAGAGAAAGAUCAAGAAGCAGAAGCACUACCACAGCUCGUCCGACGAAGAAGAAGGCGCCGCGCGCGAUGCCCCAGCACGCGGGAGCAGCGAGGAGCCAGAAGAGCCCUUCCAGCCCUCGGGCGCCAAUGCGACUCUCCCUGGAAAGCCCGAGCUCUCCAAGCAGCAGCUGAGGAAACAAGCCAAGUUCGAGGCGAAAAAGGCAGCGCAGCAGGCGGCCGCGGCGGAGGAGUCUUCAGCCAGCGACGACGACGACGACGAAGACGGUGAUGCAGCGCCAUCGAAGAAACCGCAGCCCAAGUUCAAGGCCAGCAUACCGGCAAAGGGCCCUGUCAAGUCUGCGCUGAAGAAGACGGCGCCCGUCGACCACGAAGCGCCAUUGCCCAGCGACGCUGAAGAAGACGAUGCCUCGGACGCCUCUGAGCCUGAAGGCGACGAGUUUUCCAUCGCCGACUCGGAAUCCGACGCCUCGGACGCGUCUUCUGUUUCCGAAACCUCGACGGCAGCCGCGCGCAAAGUACGCAAGCGCAACGACCCCGAGGCCUUUGCCAACUCGAUUUCCAGAAUCCUGGGCUCAAAGCUGUCGACAUCGAAGCGCACCGAGCCCAUCUUGUCGCGCUCAAAGGAUGCUGCGACGGCGAACCGCGAGCUCGCCGAUUCAAAGCUUACCGAGAAGGUGCGCCGACAGCUCGUUGCAGAGCGCAAGGCUGCGCAAGACAAGGGCCGCAUCAGGGACGUGCUUGGGCUGAACGACCCGAAUGUGAGCACGGCAGCUACAUCGACAAAGGAGAAGGAGCUGCGCCGGACAGCACAGAAGGGUGUCAUCAAGCUGUUCAACGCUGUGCGGGCCGCUCAGGUCAAGGGUGAGCAGGCCGAGAGAGAAGCCAAGGCGGGCAAUGUCGUCGGCAUGGACAAGAGGGAGGAGAAGGUCAAGGAGAUGAGCAAGCAGGGGUUCCUCGAUAUGAUUACGGGAGGGCAAACCAAGGAGGCGAGUGUCGAGGCAUAAAAGGAGACGGGGACACUGUGUGCAAAGAGCAGGAUACUAUGUUCAUGAUACCAUAUACUAUACAU